AUGCAGGUCAUCAACAUCUUAAGUACACGACUUGAUACUAACACAAACUACAGCAACACAUCCCAGCAGCCCCCUCAGUCAGAGGUUCCAGUGCACUCCGUAGCGCAGCACCAGCGAGGUCUUCCCCACGCAGCCCUCCCCGAGCAGCACCACCUUGAAGGAGAAGCUGCGGCCCCCGGCCGCCGCGCCGGCCCCCGCCGCCAUCCGCGCCCCGCCGCCGAGCCGCGCCUCACAUCAACGGGCCGCACCGCGGCGCCGCCGCCGCCCACCGGGACGAGGGCCCACGGGGGAGAGAGGCCAGGAGGAUGGGGAGGCACCGGCGAGGCCACGGAGACAGAAGCCGGAGAAGAACCCGGCAACCGAACCUGCCCGGCGGCGGCGGCCCCGCUGCCCCUAAUGGCGGCUUCUUCCUCCUACGUCACGCACCGCCCGGUCACGCGCAGCCCCCGCCGCCAAUGGGAGGGGGGGACGCGGCGGCGCCGCGAGGCCCCGCCCCCAGGCCCGCCCAGCACAGCGGAGGGGGCGGGGCCUGAUCAGGGGGCGGGGCCCAGGGCCGGGGUCCCGCGCGCGCCCUACGCCGGUAAGGAAUCGUCCCGGAAUCCCGCGCUGGGCUUUCCUGCUGCCCCGAUAACAUAAUGCUCUGAUGUAUGAGAAGGAAAAGAGGAAAGAACAGAGAAUGCAUCCAGGAGAACAAGGACUGGAUUUCCUGGAGUAAGAAGCCUUGUCACUGAAUAGCAUUACAUUCACACAGAAUGGAUUGUUUUUAUUUCCUCCAGAGGUGAGGAAAGGAAACUCCUGCCAUGGUGCAGGGUCAAACGAUGCUUCCCACUGGCAGCAGACUACUGCAAGUAACUACAGUAUUCCAUCCUUUCUGUUCUCCUCUCUGUGAUUACUGAUUUUGUUCUAUGAGAAAUCCUGUACUUUCAAAACUUCAGUCACCUGUAUUAAAUAAAACUAAAAGGCUGGUCUGGCUGAGAACAGAAAUUCUGUCAGAGCUACCUGAAGUGUCACAUUUCACUGUAAUCUCAUACAGGACUUUGUAAGAUCUGUAGGUUUAACUGUCUGUGACUGUUACCAAGUUAUUUUAAUAGUGUUCAUUUAAUUUGGGAAGUGUUUAUUUUGUUUCAGAGAAUUUGAGAAGAGAAUGGCUCUUUGACCUUCAAUUUAUUUUGCUUCUCCUUUUUACACAGCUUCCUAAAACACUUGUAGCAGGCCUCCUGUGUUAUCUGUGUUGCUGAACACAUCUGCAUGAGAAAUGCCUUUCAAGAUGUAUUUUACAUUUCAUGAAGAUACUACAAUACUCUGUAUGUUAUUGAACCAAAACCAAUUGUACUACUAUAUCCAUUGCCAUGACCUUUGAAAGUUUCUUGUAAGACUACUCAAGUGUUUUAUUUCACAGGUGGUGUCAUCUCUAAAAGUGAAAAUAAUGUUAUUCUUUCAGCUUGCAUUAUUAGAUCUCCUUACAAAAAUAUUAAAUGUGUUAAUUCCGAUGUGAA